UUGACCAUGUAGAAUAUGCACAAGUGCAAGUAAUUUUUAACGUAACAAAAUGUGUUCAUGAGUUCGCUAAGAAUUUAUGUACAACCGGAAGUUUCUUCACGUCUAAACAAGGCGGUGGAAAACAAACGACGCUCUUUUGCUUCUGCUGCUGCUUGCAGCGGCCGUGCCGUUCUCAAAGGACAAAUUUAGCUGCCAAUGAAGCCGUCAUGAUAUACUUAAUUGUGCAGCCGACGAUAUGGGGGCUGCCAAGAGCAUCAUGUCGUCUAGGAGGGACUGCUGUUCAACUCUUUCAGUAUUCGAAAGCUGCUCCUGCUAUAUCUUCAAAUCAUAUUUCUAAAACUAGUGUAUCUUCAAGUAAGAAAAAACAAUUCUCCCCAUCAGCUUCAGUCAAACCUGCAACGGUACUUCCUGUAAACAGUGUACCCCUUACUCCUCCAAUAGUUGAAAUUACAGUACCUGUGAUAGGUAAAGAUAAUGGAACUUCUUCUAAACCUAAAAAAUCUACUGAAAGAGAUCAAAAUGCUUGGAGGGAGUAUGCCCCUGCCAAGCAGAGUGACCUCACUGGAUUAUACCUCAAACUGUCCAAAAUAAGGCUCACAUCACUCGUUGUUUUAACUACAAUGGGUGGCUAUGCUGUUGCUUCUGCACCAUUUGAUCCUGCUACAUUUUUAAUGGCAUCUGUUGGAACUGGAUUAACAUCAUGUGCUGCUAAUGCCAUUAACCAAUAUCUUGAGGUUCCUUUCGAUUCACAAAUGUCUAGAACCAGAAACAGGGUCCUAGUUCAAGGACAAUUAUCACCACUACAUGCAGUGUCAUUUGCUGCAGUAUCUGCUACUCUUGGUGUGUCAGCACUUUACUUUGGCUGCAAUCCUUUAACUGCUGCACUCGGUGCAUCCAACUUAGUCCUUUACACCAUGAUUUAUACACCAAUGAAGAGAGUGAGCAUACUAAACACCUGGGUUGGGUCUGUCGUUGGUGCCAUGCCUCCACUCAUGGGCUGGGCAGCUUGCACUGGCCACCUUGAACCUGCUGCCUGGAUCAUGGCUGGACUAUUAUAUGCAUGGCAGUUUCCUCAUUUUAAUGCACUGUCAUGGAAUCUACGACCCGACUAUUCAAGAGCUGGAUAUCGUAUGAUGUCCGUGACCAACCCUGGAUUAUGUCGGAGGGUGGCUUUACGCUACACUGGAGCAAUAAUUGCCCUUUCAUGUGCUGCACCUUGGUUAGACCUGACCAAUGUGUGGUUUGCAAUAGAGUCUGCACCUUUAAAUGGAUACUUUGCUUAUCUUGCAUACCAGUUUUACAAAAAAUCUGAUAGCAGUUCAUCUCGCAAGUUAUUUAGGUUUUCUUUGAUUCAUUUGCCUGCAUUGAUGUUAUUGCUUUUAGUCAACAAGAAAAAAUGGUUUUUGGGUAACAAAGAAGAAUUAAAGGAAGUUAAAAAGCCUGGUCUGUUAGAUGUAGAAAUUUCAAAUGUACCUAAACUCCUUGGUGCAGGAAACGUCCUAGCUGCUACUCCAAAUGACCUGCCUCCCGGUGCCCAGGCUGUUGUCUCAUGAUGUCAGUUGACAUAGCUGUUGCAAUUGCUGUCCACAAGUAAUAUAUAGCAAGUCUGUUUUAUUAUUAGAGCAAUGUUAUUUCUGGUUGUACAGUUUGGUGCUGGCACCAAAAUCUGUCCUACCAUUGUACAAAGCGUUCUGUAAAAUUAAAGAUAGAAUGAUGUUCCAUAAAUCUGUGUUUCCGAAUGUCAAACUCUGUAAGGGGAAAAUUGGGCUCUUCAUGUUAAAAUUUCUUGAAUGUCAUGCUGUGAUUUUCAGUUUAAAUCUCAAAAUCCCUUGUUGGACCUCCCUACUUCUAUUUUGUGUAAAGUGAAGUAUUCUGUGCAUCAGUAACAUCAACCAUGGAACAUUUACAAUAUCAGAUCUUCAGAAAAGGACAAAUAUUUUUUUGACAAGCAUUUUCUUUUCUCACUGAUUGUGACUACUGCCAGAGAACUCUAAUUUAGUUGUUUUCAUUUUAAAGAUUGCACAGGUUCUAGGGUAUGAUCUCAGUGUCUACUUCAUAUGUGAUGCCAUGUCACAGACCCAUUACACUGCAGCCGUCUUUAAAUAUGCAAUGAUGAAAUUCUUUUAUUUUUUGGCAGAUGAAGUAACAAAUAUAUGCUUGAACUAUGUUGUCAUCGGAAAUAUCACGCACUUCUGUAAAACAGGAAUGUAGAUCACAAGGCAAUUUAAAUUUCAACUCAACAUUUCGGAUCCAUACAUGGAGUCUUCAUGUAGUUAAUUUUCAAACAUUGUGAAAUGUUGGCUGUUGGCUGAUGUUCACUUUAGUUAAGCUUCUGCAAUAUAAUAUCUGCAAUCUAUUUCCCUCACAUAGAUUUGUAGAUAGAUCCUAAUAGCUGACCUGAUUAAUAACUGGUCCAGUAUUUAUUGCUGUGCAGUUUUCUUUUUGUUGCCUGAACUCACGACUGUAAAUAUUGUACAGAUUGUAAAAUAACAUUAUAGGAAAAUGACUGUUGAAUGUUGAUUAAAAUAAAAUCUGCGAUUGUUA